AUGGCUCCUAAAACUGGCAAGGCAAAAACUCAUAAAGCCAAGGGAGACAAAAAGAAGAAGGAAGAGAAAGUUUUGCCUACUGUUGUUGAAAUCACUGUGGAAACACCAGAUGACUCACAAGUUACUCUCAAGGGUAUCUCAACGGAUCGGAUCUUGGAUGUGAGAAGGCUUUUAGGUGUACACGUCGAGACAUGUCAUUUGACCAACUUCUCUCUGUCUCACGAGGUGCGGGGACCAAGGCUCAAGGAUUCCGUAGACAUCGCCUCUCUAAAACCCUGCCACCUCACCAUCGUUGAAGAGGACUACUCAGAAGAGCAAGCUGUCGCUCAUAUCCGGCGACUCCUCGACAUCGUCGCCUGCACCACCUCGUUCGGCCCAUCGUCGGCCAAACCGGCUGGACGAGCCAAUUCGAAAGAGUUUGGUCCGAAGGAUACCGGUUUGUCGGAGACAGAUCCGAUUCAGAUCUCCGGUUCCGACAAUGGAGACAAUCCCAAUCCAAAGCCGAAAGGAGAAGAAGAUAAGAAAAUUGGUGUGGCCAACUGUAAAAUCGGUUGCAAGGAUGGUUGUAAGGACGUACCGGAGAAGAUGGACACUGCGGCAGGAGCCAUUUCAAUGUGUCCGCCGCCGAGGCUGGGGCAGUUCUACGAUUUCUUCUCUUUUUCGCACCUCACGCCGCCGGUCCAGUACAUUAGGAGAUCGGCUCGUCCAUUCCUUGAAGACAAAACGGAAAAUGAUUUCUUCCAAAUAGAUGUUAGGGUUUGCAGUGGAAAGCCGAUGACAAUUGUAGCUUCACGGAAAGGGUUUUACCCUGCCGGGAAACAUGUUCUUCUCUGUCACUCUUUGGUUAGUCUGCUCCAGCAGAUCAGCAGAGUCUUUGAUGCUGCUUACAAGGCUCUCAUGAAAGCAUUCACUGAGCACAAUAAAUUUGGCAAUCUUCCUUAUGGUUUUCGAGCAAACACAUGGGUUGUUCCUCCAGUUGUUGCUGAUAACCCAUCUGUUUUCCCUCCACUUCCCGAUGAGGAUGAGAACUGGGGAGGUAGUGGAGGUGGACAAGGAAGAGAUGGCAAACAUGAUCACAGGCCGUGGGCAAAGGAGUUUGCAAUUUUAGCAGCAAUGCCUUGUAAAACAGCAGAAGAAAGGCAAAUCCGAGAUAGGAAAGCUUUUCUGCUCCAUAGUUUAUUUGUCGACGUCUCUGUUCUCAAAGCUGUUGUGGCGAUCAAAUGUAUUAUUGACAACAAUCAGAACUCUUUAAAUGAUCCCAUCAAAUCAGUUCUGCUUGAGGAAAAAGUGGGAGAUUUGAUUAUUAAGGUGACAAGAGAUGUUCCGGAUGCAAGUACCAAGUUGGAUUGUAAAAAUGACGGGAGUCGGGUACUGGAUAUGUCACAGGAAGAGCUUGCUCAGAGAAAUUUACUUAAAGGCAUAACUGCUGAUGAAAGUGCAACUGUUCAUGAUACUUCUACUUUAGGUGUUGUGGUUGUUCGUCAUUGUGGCUACACAGCUGUUGUUAAAGUUUCAGCUGAUGUAAAUUGGGAGGGGAAUCCUAUUCCACAGGAUAUUGACAUUGAAGACCAGCCUGAAGGGGGUGCGAAUGCCUUGAACGUUAAUAGCUUGAGAAUGCUACUGCACAAGUCAUCUACACCUCAAUCAAGUAGUCCAGUCCAGAGAGGGCAGACUGGAGAAUCUGAAGGCUUAUAUUUUGCUAGGUCUUUGGUGAGAAAAGUACUAGAAGAUAGUCUGCUAAAGUUGCAGGAAGAACCUAGUACACCCACAAAGUCUAUCAGAUGGGAGCUAGGAGCAUGUUGGGUUCAACAUUUGCAAAAUCAGGCUUCAGGGAAAACUGAGUCUAAGAAAAUUGAAGAAACUAAGCCUGAGCCUACUGUGAAGGGACUUGGAAAGCAAGGUGCAUUACUAAAGGAGAUAAAGAAGAAAAUAGAUGUCAGAAGCAGCAGAGAAGAGGGAAAAGAUGUUACUCCAGGUAACCUUGACAUGAACAAGAAACUGGAUGGUAUUAGUCAGAAGGAAUUGGAGAAGAAAGAGGAGGAAAUGGAAAUCAUAUGGAAAAAACUGCUGCAUGAGGCUGCAUAUUUGCGCCUUAAAGAAUCAGAAACUGGUCUUCAUCUCAAGUCACCUGGGGAGUUGAUUGAAAUGGCACAUAAAUACUAUGCUGAUACGGCUCUUCCCAAACUGGUGGCUGAUUUUGGCUCCCUUGAACUUUCACCAGUUGAUGGAAGAACUUUGACAGAUUUUAUGCAUACUAGGGGUUUGCAGAUGUGUUCUUUAGGACGUGUGGUCGAACUUGCUGACAAGCUCCCUCAUGUGCAAUCACUCUGUAUGCAUGAAAUGAUUGUUCGAGCCUACAAACACAUAUUACAGGCUGUUGUGGCUGCAGUUAGUAAUAUUUCUGACUUGGCUGCAUCGGUUGCAACAUGUCUAAAUAUAUUACUAGGAACACCUUCAGCUGAAAAUGAGGACGCAGACAUUAUAAAUGAUGAUAAUUUGAAGUGGAAGUGGGUGGAAACCUUCCUUUUCAAAAGGUUUGGGUGGUGGUGGAAGCAUGAAAGCUGCCAGGAAAUAAGAAAAUUUGCAAUUCUUCGUGGGCUGUCCCAUAAGGUCGGGCUUGAGCUCCUUCCAAGGGACUAUAACAUGGAUACUGCAUCCCCUUUUAGGAAGUCAGAUAUCAUAAGUGUGAUUCCUGUGUAUAAGCAUGUUACAUGUUCAUCUGCAGAUGGACGCACAUUGUUGGAAUCAUCUAAAACUUCCUUGGAUAAAGGUAAAUUGGAGGAUGCUGUUAAUUAUGGCACUAAGGCACUGUCAAAACUUGUGUCAGUCUGUGGUCCUUAUCAUCGAAUGACUGCAGGAGCUUAUAGUCUGCUGGCUGUAGUGCUGUACCACACCGGAGAUUUUAAUCAGGCAACCAUUUACCAGCAAAAAGCAUUGGAUAUCAAUGAGAGGGAACUCGGGCUUGAUCAUCCUGAUACAAUGAAGAGUUAUGGGGAUCUAGCUGUCUUCUACUAUCGUCUUCAACACACAGAACUAGCCUUGAAGUAUGUGAAUCGUGCAUUGUAUCUUUUGCAUUUAACAUGUGGGCCAUCCCAUCCAAAUACUGCUGCCACCUAUAUCAAUGUAGCAAUGAUGGAAGAAGGAUUGGGCAAUGUUCAUGUUGCUCUUAGGUACCUCCAUGAGGCUCUGAAGUGUAACCAGAGACUACUUGGUGCUGAUCAUAUACAGACUGCCGCCAGCUAUCAUGCCAUAGCGAUUGCUCUCUCUUUGAUGGAUGCGUACUCUUUAAGUGUUCAGCAUGAACAAACUACACUACAAAUACUUCAGGCUAAACUUGGAUCUGAGGAUUUACGCACACAGGAUGCAGCUGCAUGGCUCGAGUAUUUUGAGUCAAAGGCUCUAGAGCAGCAGGAAGCUGCACGCAAUGGUACUCCAAAGCCAGAUGCCUCAAUCUCAAGUAAAGGUCAUUUAAGUGUAUCAGACCUUUUGGAUUAUAUAACGCCAGAUGCAGAUAUUAAAGCAAGAGAAGCUCAAAAGAAAGCUCGUGCAAAGGUUAAAGGCAAACCAGGACAAAACUGGGAAACUGUCUUGGGUGAAUCUCAGAAGGAGGAAGAUUUCUCACCAACUUAUCCUGUGGAGAAUUCAAGUGAUAAAGAAAAUAAAUCUGAAGUUCAAUUUACAGAAACUAAGAAUGAAAAAACCGAUUUGAGUGUACCAGAACAGACAAUAAUGAAUACAGUUGAUGAUAUACUACCGGAUGAUGAAUCAGAUGAAGGGUGGCAAGAAGCUGUUCCUAAAGGCCGUUCACCUACAAGUCGCAAAUCUUCUGGUUCAAGGAGGCCAAGCCUGGCUAAAUUAAAUACUAACUUUAUCAAUGUAUCCCAAUCAUCAAGAUUCCGUGGAAAGCCCACCAAUUUUACAUCCCCGAGGACAUCUCCAAAUGACUCUGCUGCUACCACAGGACCUAGUCUUUCUGUUCCUAAAAAGUUUGUUAAAAGUGCAAGCUUCAGUCCAAAGCAAAAUAAUUCUGGUGCCACUGCUGGUGGAGUAGAGAAAUCAACCAACUCUAAAUCUUCCCCACCCACCCCUGCUUCAAUCGAUCAAGUUGCCAAAUCGGCUUCGUUGGCAAGUCCAAUAAGUGUUCAGGCAGCUGGAAAACUUUUCUCCUACAAAGAAGUUGCUUUAGCUCCUCCUGGGACAAUUGUCAAAGCAGUGACAGAACAGUUGCCAAAAGGAAAUCUUCCUGCAGAACAAAGUCCUCAGUUGAGCCAUGAGGUGGCUGCAUCGGUGGUUAAUGUUGGUGAGUUGACAGUAUUGAAAGAUGCAAAGGAAGAAAAGGUUCAGAAACCUGAGGAAAUGAAAACUCCCAUCAAUGCAGAUCCAGAAACAGAAGUGGGGAUGAUUAAGCCACAAGAAGAAAAAAAAUCUGUUGAUGCUAAUCAAGCAGCAGAAGAAUCUGGAAUAGUAGACAAUAAAACUGCUGCUGAUGAAGUUAUAAAUGCCGAUGCUGGAAAUGUUGCAGUUCUUGCACAUGAUAAUUUAGACACUUCCAAAGAUUCAAAUACCACUUCUUCUAAAAGUGAUGAUCUGGAGCCUCCAUCUGUUAUAACUGAAAGUGCAGCUCUAUUGGCAGAAAAGGAUGCUUCAGUUCCUAGUGAAAAACUAGUAGAUGAGAAUUCUCAAGAUGUAUCAAGUGGCUGCAUGAGUGUCAAGUCUUCGCCGACAGAAGGAGAAAAACAAGAUGAUGCGGAAACUGGGAAGGAGACAACAAAGAAACUUUCUGCAGCUGCACCCCCAUUUAACCCAUCAACAAUUCCAGUUUUUGGCUCAGUUCCAGUUCCAGUUCCAGUUCCAGGAUUCAAAGAACAUGGAGGAAUUCUUCCCCCACCAGUGAAUAUUCCUCCAAUGCUUACAGUUAAUCCGGUUCGCAGAUCCCCUCACCAGUCAGCAACAGCUAGAGUUCCUUAUGGUCCAAGGCUAUCUGGUGGCUACAAUAGAUCUGGAAAUCGGGUUUCCCGUAACAAGCCUAACUUCCAAAAUGGUGAACAAAAUGGGGAUGGGAAUCACUUCAGCCCUCCUAGAAUAAUGAACCCUCAUGCUGCGGAAUUUGUACCUGGUCAGCCUUGGGUCCUUAAUGGCUAUCCUGUGUCACCAAAUGGUUAUUUAGCUAGUGCAAAUGGCAUGCCAGUGUCUCCAAAUGGCUUCCCCAUGUCUCCAACCAAUAUUCCAGUGUCACCAAGCGGAUAUCCAGCAACAACAAAUGGUAGUCCAGUGACUCAAAAUGGGUUCCCAGCAUCUCCUGUCAGUUCAGUAGAAACACCAACACCAGUUUCUGUCGACUUGGGUGCUGAAAACCAAACAGAAGCUGCAUCUGCAAAUGGUUCAGAAAACUCCUCAGCUGUAGUAGAAAACCAGCCAAAUGAGCAAAAUAGCCAUGAAGAACACACACAACCUGAAACUGAAGAAAAUCCUAAAGAUAUAGUUAUUUUGACCGGAGAUACUGCUAUGGCAAAGGAAUCAUGUAACAAUAGCAUUUUGAUCGAGGAGAAACCGAGCAAAUGCUGGGGAGAUUACAGCGACAAUGAAGCCGAGGUUGUUGAGGUUACAAGUUGAUUGAAGGUAAUUAAAUUUCUUUUUUUCCUUAGAUAAACAGUGCUUUGCUUGCAACGCAGGCCUCAUGGCAGUGAGGAGAAAUAAUAAUCUUACAAAAUUGAGGGAGGCCUCUGUAAUGACUUACUGUUCCGGAGUUUGACAUAGUCAACUGUGGGCCUCAAAAAUGUGAAUAUUGUCGGAUAAAGUUUGGUUUUGUUGAAGAGGAGAAUAGUUUGUUGAUGGAUCGAUUUGUGAAAGAAAAUCACCAUGAUUAAGAGAAGGAUAUGUUGACCAGCACAUUCAUAAAUUAAUAUCCCUUCUUCUUUUUUUCUUUUUCUUUUUUUUUUUUUUUAGGCGUUAUUCUCGUGCUAUAUUUUUUGUUUAUUGUCAAAUAAAUAAAAUAACCUUUGAGGAUUUACAAUUUCCUGAAUGUACUCGUAGCUUUUAUAACCCAUUUUGAUCUGCUGUAAUAAAGUUUAAAUUUUUUGCACGUA